AUUUAUUGUGUGUGCCCCACCCACAAUUUGUUGAAUUGUUUAUGCAAUUAUAUAUUUAUUUUAAUUAAAACAAAUAAUAAUGGCAACAGUUUGUGAGCCACUUAAUCUCAAACGAGAUGUUCAAAGAGCAAUUGAAUUACUUGAUAAACUUCAAAAGAGUGGAGAAGUACCAAGUACAAAAUUAUCAGCAUUACAAAAAGUAUUACAAAGUGAUUUUUUAAAUGCUGUUAGAGAAGUUUAUGAGCAUGUUUAUGAAACUGUUGACAUUCAGGGAUCACAAGAUGUCAGAGCAUCAGCAACAGCAAAAGCAACUGUUGCUGCAUUUGCAGCAAGUGAAGGACAUGCUCAUCCAAGAGUUGUUGAAUUACCAAAAACAGAAGAAGGUCUUGGUUUUAAUGUUAUGGGUGGAAAAGAACAAAAUUCACCAAUUUAUAUAUCAAGAAUAAUACCUGGUGGUGUUGCUGAUAGACAUGGUGGAUUAAAACGUGGUGAUCAAUUACUUUCUGUUAAUGGUGUUUGUGUUGAAGGUGAAAAUCAUGAAAAAGCUGUUGAACUAUUAAAACAAGCACUUAAUUCAGUUAAAUUAGUUGUUCGUUAUACUCCACGUGUUCUUGAAGAAAUGGAAUUGAGAUUUGAUAAACAAAGAGCUGCUCGUACUAGACGUCAAGUUCAAUAAUGAAUUUAUCAAUUUAUCAAUUUAUCAAAUACACCCACUCACCUACACAUC